AUGGAUAAAGUUCGGAUAUGGUGUCAAGAUAAGUUGUCAAAUGAAUACACUAAUGGGAUAAAAUCAUUCAUCGAACUGGCAAAAAAUCAUCUUGGCAAUGAUAACCAGACUCGUUGUCCUUGUCGGCACUGUCGUAUUGUAUACAUUCAAAAUAUUGAUGUGGUUGAACGGCAUUUAUGGGUGAAAGGAUUUUCUCAAAAUUAUCAAAAUUGGAUUUUUCAUAGAGAACCAAUGAUAGUGAGUACUGUUGAUAAUCAUUCAAAAGGUGUCCAAGAUGAUGUGGAAGAUGAGGAAGAUGAUGAUAUAAUGGCAGCAUUGCAAGAUGCUGCGGGGGGAAUGUAUAUUAAUGUUACUGGAGAUGAUUUUCCCGAAGAACAAAAUACAUCUAAAGAAGAUUUUCAGAUCUACUUCAGCAAGCUGAAAAAGAGUUAUACCCAGGUGUUAAAUCGUUGGAGUAACAAGUCAUUUGACAUGUUACUUCAAUUACUGAGGGAAGCAUUUCCAGAAGGAACUAAGAUUGGAAAAUCACUAUAUGAGUGGAAUAAAGAUUUGGAUAAAUGUCCUAACUGUACUGAACCACGUUACAAAUUUGAAAAUGCUAAGGGUAAACGUACUCCUCAUAAGAUCUUACGAUGGCAUAAAGAGAAACGUCCUAACAAAGAAGGUGUGUUAAAGCAUUCAACUGAUGGAGAAGCAUGGAAGCACUUUGAUGAAAAGUUUCCAACAUUCUCUGCAGAACCUCAAAACGUUCGUUUAGGUCUUGCGACUGAUGGAUUUAACCAUUUUGGUAACAUGAGCAAUGGAUAUAGUAUGUGGCUAGUGAUAUUGGUUUCAUAUAAUAUGCCAUCAUGGAUGUGUAUGAAGGAAAACAUUUUCAUGAUGUCGUUAUUGAUACCUGGUCCACAGGCACCCGGAAAGGAUAUUGAUAUAUAUCUAAGACCUUUAAUUGAUGAGUUAAAAUAUUUGUGGGAUAGAGGUGUCAUGACUUACGAUGUGUCAAAAAAUGAAAAUUUUAGAAUGCAUGCAGCAGUGUUGUGGACGAUACAUGACUUUCCAGCAUAUGGGAUAGUAUGCAGAUGGAGUACAAAGGGCUAUAAAGCAUGUCCUAUAUGUAGAGAAGACAUAUCGUCAUAA